UCCGCAAAUCUUGAAAUCCUCCCGCAUCUCGCAUUUGCAUUGCGGACAUAAAUCUCCAUAUUCUCGUAGGGUUGGGGCCCCGUCUAGAGCGCAGAGUUCUCGUCGAGGUGUUGCCGGGGCUGUUGACUGGGGGGAAGUAAGUUAUCUAUCGGUGAUCGCCGUAUAAAACUAGCGCCACGAUCGCCUCGCGAUCGCAGUAUAGUUUGUCUCCUUCGAACGAGCGUUCCGCCGUCGCCGCCGCCGCCGGUAAAAACGCUAGUUGUGGUGCUGCUGGCUCGGGGACUUUUUGGGCUUUCCGAAAGCCUGAUUAAUUACCGGCGACGCAGCCGUGACGUGACGCCCUAACGCGAGAAGAGGCAAAAUUGUGUAAUCUUCGGACGCGUGGAGGCGACCUAGUGCCAAAUGCUUUGGAGGCUGACUGUGUUGGGAGGAACCGGUUAUAUUGCGCGUGCGGGUUGAAACUGCUGGCUGGGGCGCCGGUGUGUGGAUCAAAGUGUGAUUUUUGCGUUAAGAAUCAGUGCCAGUCGUGAACUGUGAGACGUUGACGUGACGGUGCGAAAUGAAGUUGGUGGCUGUGGCUUUGGUGGUGAUUAGUUUUGGUGCUGUGGUUUCUGGAAGGACUUCAGAGCGGCUGAAAGUUACGCUGCCCCAUGGGGGGACACUCGUUGGAAGGUACCUGAGUUCGUUCAGUGGCCGAGGGAUUUUGGCGUUUUUGGGAGUACCCUAUGCGAAACCACCAGUUGGAGAGCUGAGAUUUAAGGCCCCACUUCCCUUCGGACCAUGGCAGGGCGAGCGCCGGUCAAUCGUCGAUGCCCCCCUGUGCACCCAGCGUGACCCUUACCGUCGAGAUGACGAAAUUUCCGGCGUCGAGGACUGCCUUCAGCUGAACGUCUAUAUUCCGGAGAGACCCAGUAGCAGUGAGGGACCCCUUCCGGUGAUGGUGUUCUUCCACGGGGGCGGUUGGCAGUGCGGUUCCGGUACCAGAGGUUUCUACGGGCCGGAUUUCCUGCUGGAUCACGACGUGAUCUACAUCGGAGCUAACUUCCGGUUGGGUCCGUUGGGCUUCCUGAGCACCGAGCAGGAGGACUGUCCGGGGAACAACGGUCUGAAGGAUCAAAAUUUGGUGCUGAGGUGGAUACGGGAGAAUAUCGCAUCGUUCGGUGGUGACCCCGGGUUGGUGACGGUGUUCGGAGAGAGUGCAGGAGGGGCCAGUGGAACCUACCACAUGAUGUCGCCCAUGUCGAAGGGGUUGUUCCACCGGGUCAUAUCGCAGUCCGGGGUAAAUCUGGAUUCGUGGGCUCAGCCGACUCAUAAGGGGGUGGCGAGGAAGCGUUCCAUACAGCUGGGAGAAAUGCUCGGCUGUAAGCAGGGCCAUGAUGGACGAUUCCGGGAGAUGUUGGAGUGCCUACGGAAGGUUUCCGCAGAGGACGUGACGAAGGCGUUCUAUGGAUUCUUUGAAUGGGAUACAGAUCCGAUGAUACCGUUCCCACCAGUUGUGGAACCUGAUCUUACCGGAGCGUUCAUUACCAAGCAUCCACGUGACGAAUACGAACCGCACGCAAUGGGUCUGCCUUGGAUGACGGGUUUGACGAUGGAUGAAGGGGCCCUGAAAAGUGCAUCCCUUAUUAAUCUACCGGAGCUUCGGGCUAGCCUGAACCAGCACUGGGAUAGAGCGUUGCCGUUGUCGUUAUACUAUGACCACCAUGAAGAUCCCACCAAACGGCAGGAAAUCACCGAAGCCAUUAACAAGUUCUACUUCAACAACCGCAAGCUAGUCAAGGAGACGGAACAAAACCUGACCAAUCUCUACUCGGACGCGUGGUUCCUUGCCGGAAUGGACGAAUAUCUGCGCAUCCGGUUAACAAAGAGUAAUACCCUCGGCACGGUUGGCCCAACCUACGUGUAUCUAUUUGCCCAGCGAACGGCCGCCAGUUUCACGGAGAUUUUCGAAGGCGGAAAAGAAAACUACUACGGUGUAUGUCACGCUGAGGAGUUGCAAUUCCUAUUUCCCAUUGCCAAGGAUCUUUUUGUGACGGCGGUGCCAACGCCGGAGGAGCUACAGGUGCGGAAGGUCAUCACCAAACUGUGGGUUGAUUUUGCCCGGUUUGGCAAUCCAACGCCGCCCGGUGGUGGGGAAGGUUAUUUGCCCGAGUGGCCCACGACGGACGGAUUUCCGCUGACGUAUUUGCGAAUAGGGAGCACUCGGAGCAGCGAUGGCGAGCCGUUGUUUGCGGUGGAGCGUGGACUGUUUGAGGAGAGGUCCGCUUUUUGGCGGGAGCUGCGAGCUCAUCAUCCUUCGGAAGGUGCCGUGAGAGAUGAACUGUAAUAGGUGGUUGGGUUUUAUUCGUGAGAUAGUUUUGUGAAUAA